AUGACGGGUGUCCUCAGCAAGCGCCAGCAGGCGCGCAACGAAAAAGUCCUGCACGACCUGGUCCAGACUGUUCCAGGAAACAACUUCUGCGCCGACUGUCAAGCACGGAACCCAGCAUGGGCCUCUUGGAGUCUGGGUGUGUUCCUUUGCAUGAGAUGCGCCGCUAUCCAUCGAAAGUUGGGUACGCACAUCUCCAAGGUGAAAUCCUUGAGCAUGGACAGCUGGUCUAACGAGCAAGUCGAGAACAUGAAAAAAGUCGGCAACGUCAGAUCCAACCAGAUCUACAACCCAGACAAUAAGAAACCACCUGUUCCAGUCGACGCUGACGAGGCCGAUUCCGCGAUGGAACGUUUCAUUCGCUCCAAGUAUAUGAAUAACAAUCCUGCCCCUGCGAGAAAACACCACUCGGGUCUCUCAGACGAGGGCAUUCCACCUCCUUUGCCGCCAAAGGCAGGAGGCAAGUUUGGGUUUAGGUCUGCCUCGUCCAUCUUUCCCCUGUCCUCGCGUUCGAAGAAGGAUACUGCGAUGCGCCACGUCUCGAACCCCAGAGACAUGCCCCGAAGCCCUUCGCCAAGUGAAUUGCCGAACAAACCGUCCAAGGUAUUUGGCGCCAGCGUCCAAUACGAGCAAGAAGACACGGAGAGAAAACUGGCCAAUUUGAGGGACAUGGGAUUUUCCGACACUCAGCGUAAUGCCGCGGUUCUGAAAGGUGUCAACGGGAACUUGGAGCGGGCCAUUGAGACCUUGGUACGGCUGGGCGAGACCGACAGGAGGUCGCCAUCUUUGACAGGCCCUCGCGAGAGUUCUUUGCGCGCAACUCGCUCUCAUGCGAACCUUUCGUCAUCCGUUGGCUUAUCUGCACCACAGCCCACCUUCAGUGAUCACCCACAGUCGCCCUCGACAGCUUCGAGUAACAACCCGUUCGAUUUGUUGUCUGCUCAACCACAGUCUUCACAGUCAACCGGGACCUUGCAGAACAAGAACCCCUACGCAAACAACCCCUUUGGUGUGCCAGGCCAGUCGCAGGCGACGCAGGACUUUAACCAAGCCUUUAGCAACAUGUCCUUGGCGCCCGCCCAACCCCUUUUCCCUCACCAUACGGGCGGCCUUCCAUCAUCCCAUCCGUUUGCACAACCACAGCAGCAAUCGUAUCAGCAGCCUAUGGUACCGGCAUCACAAGCGCAGCAAGGUUAUAACCCCAUCAACUUUAAUAGUAAUAUGACGUAUCCUCAACCCCAGCCUAUCCUGCCGCAAGCAACAGGUUACAACCCGUUCUUCGCCAAUCAGACGCAGCUCAUUCCGCAGCUGCAGCAGAACUUGGGGGUGAACACGAACCCAAUGUCCGGCGCAUUCGCUAACAACCCGUUUGCGCGCUCGCCGACGAGAAUCCAGUCACCUUCGCUAGGCCAAAUCCCCGAGCAGGCGCAGUCAAACUUUUAUACCACCUCGCCGCAGCCUCUGUCGCCACAAAAUACCAAUCCGUUCUUCGCACAGAUGAACUCACAGCCUCCAGCACAGCAACAAGUGUCUGCGCCGCUCCAACAGUCGUUCCAGCAGCCUCUUCAGCAGUCUCCCUUCCCACACCAGGAGGUGCCACAGCAGCAGCAGCAGCAGCAGCAGCAGCAACCACAGCAACAGCAACAGUGGCCUCAGCAGCAUGAUUUCUCGCAACAAAUGCAGGCACCUGUACAGCAGCCCAUGUAUCAGCAGCCUCAGCAGCCCCAGCGGCCGGAUAAGGCUUCGAUUCUGGCGUUGUACAAUUACCCGCAACUGGCCCCUCAACCGUUCGCAACCCAAGGACAGGCGCAGGACCCUGUGCAAGCAGAGAACCAAGUAUCUCAACAGCCGGGCCAAGAAGUUAACGGUCAGGUGCCAGCUGCUGGGACGAAGAAUCCUUUCUUGCCAAACGGACCGACAUCACCCGCAGCGGGCCAGGGAGGGACCGGUCCGCGACGGGCUGGGGUAAGUCGAGAAAGCAUGGCAUUCACAGACAUGCAGUGGACAAAUGGCCGGCACAGUCCUGAUGCGUUUGCAAGUCUAAGCGCGAGGCACAUGUAG